AAAGUUGUUUAUGUUUUGAAUGUUUUGAUCAUGGUGUGAGGGAUGAAUCAUUUUUCUAAUUAAGAAAUUGAAAUUACAAAUGUUUGAUGAAAGAUAAAUAAAUCAUAGACCAUGCCUCAAGUAGAUUGCUUCAACGGUUACUUAGAUGUCAAAAUGCCAUCUAAAUCAAAACGAGGAUUCACACCGUGGAAGACCUGGAAGAAACAAUGGUGUGAGAUAAACCGUUUGGAUAGCAUUGAAAAUGGCGUGGAAUUGAAAUUACGAUCUUCUAAAGAAGGGAACAUUUUACAUCGUUUUAUACUACCCAGGUCUUCCACAAUAUGUAGAACAGAGUCUCGAACUAAACAAUACGCUUUUGGGUUAUUCAAUUUAGGUAGAAAACAAAAACCUUUAAUAUUUUUAAAUGGAAACUCUGAAAGUCAAUCACAAGAAUGGAUGUCGGUUAUAAGAAGGAUGCUUGCUGUGGCUUCUUACAUUCCAGUGGAUAAUUCCAACUUUAGAGUGUCUUUGGUGGAUAACCAUCAUUCUAGAGCAGCAGGCUUGAUAGGAACUUUCGGUGUAUUAAGUUUGAAUCAACAGGAAUUAAUUAUAAGCGAUCCGUGUACGGGCGAACAAAAAAUAAUUUGGAAAUGGUUUCAAUUUCAUCAGUUUCAUCUUCAGGCACCUUCGCAGCUAGAAGCUGAUCACAAAAUCAUCGUUAUGCACACUAGCAGUGAGUUUCCAGCAGGUCCGGGUCAAAUACUUCUCUAUUGUAAGGAUGCUUCGAAUCUUCUACAUCAUCUAGUAGCAAGGGGCACUUUUUCUAAAACAAAAAACAGACUUAGUCGAAGCGAAGGCGAUUUAUUUAAUGUCUUGAACAAUUCCUUUCAUUCCGACAGUCCAGUGUGUUUGAGGAGCCAAACUGGUAGUGAAGAUUCUGGGAUUAGAGCAUCUCUGGUUUCGGAUGAGUCUGAAUAUCUUGCCAAAUCAAAGGAUGAUUCAAAUUCAAUCACAAAUGGAUUAGAUGUGAUAACAAAAACACCAGGCGGUAGUGAAACAGAAGAUUCAUCGCAAGAUCUUGUCGGUUCAAAUCAUAAAAUCGGCAUUCCAAGAAACGAAUCUGGUAUAUCAUUAGCUUCGGGAAUAUACGAGGAAAUUCCAGACGAUUACGAAAAUACAUCCACAGUUAAUUCCAAACACAUUAGCCACGUUUAUGAGAAUCCAUCCGAUGUCAUCGUUGAAUUAAGGAAGACAUUCUAUCCACCACCUCCCUUACCACCAAGAUCGUUAGAUUUAACAUGGAUGAACUUAAAGCGACUAACAUCAGAAAAUAGUAUUUCGCAUUUAAAACAUCGCGCCAACACGAUGCCCGCUCAUGAUCUUUCUAGAAUAUCCAAAAUAUUUACAGGGGAAUCGGAUUACGUCGUAAUGAGUCCUAGUAAAAGAUGGGAAUCUCCCAAAAAACCGGCAGCCGAAAAUUUCUAUAUGCCGAUGUUACCACGUCAGUAUUCUUCGAAAUUGAAGACUGAAAAUCUAAUUGUAGAUCUGAAGACUACAUGAUUUAAUUGUAAGGUGUUAUUUUUUCACUUUUAUACAAUUUUAGCAAAUUUAUGACGAACUGUAACGAAACAGUUAUUGUGACUUUUCUUAUGCAAGCAUAUGCACAAAUUAUCCCAAAAUAUUUAAUAUUUUCGCUUAUUGUACUGUGCAAUGUUGCAAGAAAAGACUGAGAAAUUUUUAAUAAUGUUUUUUUUUUAAUAAAAAAAUUUAUUCGUCGACUAUUAAUCAACAUUUCGAAAUUAUAAGUGUGAAAUAUCCUGUUACCAUUUUUUUUAUUUAAACAUUAAUUUUUAUUUCGUUAUCGUUUUUUUAUCAAAUAAACAUGAUUUAGCGUGAUGAA